AGGUGAAGUAAAGUAGAGCUCCGCCGCACAGAGGGAAGGCACGAACUGACAAUCUAUCCCCCCCUCACAAAAAAUAUCCCCCAAUUAGACAGGCUAUGUUGAGAAAACACACUUGGAUUUUGGGUUAUUUUAUGGAGUCGGAAUCGAAGGAAUUUCCCUUUUGUCCACAUCUAUGUGGGACGUGGCGUCUGCGACUGCAUUGAAGUAACCUAAAUUAGGCUCAUUUGCGCUAAAGGAGACGCGCAUUUUCCUUUCUUUUUUUUUUUAACAACGGGCAAAGACGACAACAGCAGCAACCUGGACUACUCUUUUAGUACAGGAAUGGUUUAUCCUCCCGAAGGUUUAUUCUACAUCGAAAUGGAUCAAUCACCACCAGCUCUUCCUCCCAGGUCCACAAAGCCAGCGUCCACCACCAUGAACAACAACUGCCUUGCGCCACCCAUAUAUUCGCUACAGGAUGCAGAAUGGUACUGGGGAGACAUAAGCAGGGAUGAGGUGAAUGAGAAGCUCCGAGACACACCUGAUGGCUCCUUCAUGGUGCGUGACGCAUCCACAAAGCUGCAAGGAGACUUUACGCUGACGUUAAGGAAAGACGGGCACAACAAGCUGAUCAAGAUCUACCACCGUGAUGGCAAGUACGGCUUCUCGGACCCCCUCACGUUCACCUCAGUGGUCGAGCUCAUUUGGCACUAUCAGCACCAUCCACUGGUGGAGUACAAUGCCACACUGGACCUGAUGCUCACCCACCCUUUGUCCCGCUUCCAGCAGGUGAAAGAAGACAGCGUCGAUGUUGCUGGAAGAAAGCUCAAGGAGGUUCACACGCAGUAUCAAGAGAAAACGAAGGAGUUUGAUCGUCUUUAUGAAGCUUUCACAAAGACCUCACAGGAGAUCCAGAUGAAGCGGACAGCAAUUGAGGCCUUCAAUGAGACAAUGCUGAUCUUCGAGGAGCAGUGUCGCGAACAGGAACGUUACGGAGAGGAGUUUGAGCGGAACAAUCAGUCCGAGGGGGCCGACAAAGAUCUGGAGAGCUUUCUGAUAAAUUACGAGAAGCUGAAGUGUCGUCUCGGGGAGAUCUACGACAGCAAAAUCCAUCUGGAGGAAGACUUGAGAACGCAGGUGGAAGACUACAGAGAGACGGAUAGGAAGAUGAACAGCUUGCGACCUAACCUCAUCCAGCUACGCAACAUCAGAGACCAGUACCUCAACUGGCUUAAUCACAAAGGCGUACGGCAGAAACGCAUAAAUGACUGGCUGGGGACGCAGAGUGACAGCCUUGAUGACACAUACGUGUUGAAGGGAGACGAGAAGAAUUUGCCCCAUCAGGAUGAGGCGAACUGGUUCGUUGGUGAACUGAGCCGGACGCAGGCCGAGGAGAUGCUCCAAGGGAAAGCGUCUGGAACAUUCCUGAUCCGUGAGAGCAGCAAACAGGGAUGCUACGCCUGCUCUGUUGUUGUGAACGAAGAAGUGAAGCAUUGUAUGAUCUACAGCACACCACACGGAUACGGCUUUGCUGAGCCCUACGACGUCCACUGCUCACUGAAAGACCUUGUCCUGCACUAUCGCCUGCACUCCUUAGCGCAACACAAUGACGCCCUGGAUGUUCGGCUGUCGCAUCCAGUACAUGCCAACGCUGCAGGCACGCCUUCUCAACAUGCAGAGGAACACAAACUCUUACAGACUCCAAAACACACAGCGGGACUCCCGCCUGCAGCUCCAGAGAUGUAAUCCAACAGAAAGAGACAACAGGACAUGUUUACUGUUACCUGCGAGAAUGACUGCAUCGAGGUGCAAUGUGUAAAUUUUUUGCACUACAGUGAUUCCAUCGGUUUUGUGAAUGGGAUUUCACAGAUUGAAGUGGGACCCCGAACUUGAAUGUCAGCUUGAACGUUGUUGUUUUUUUGUUUUUUUCAAAGAGACUGUUUAAGCUUUUAAGAUUUUUUUUUUUUGUACUUCAUUUAUUGCCGUUGGUUUGAUGGACACCGUUUUCGGUAGGGAUGUUGACAACGAGAAAAUUGCUCUCUGACAUCAGGUGCUGCACCUUUGUUUGACUUUUACAACCAGAGUUGAUGUUGCUAGAGAUGUCCAUUUCCCUAGUUUAAAUUAAUUCAGUUCAGAGAAUUCGACCUAUAGGUUAGAAAUAUGGUACUAUGGAGUUUCUCAUACCUGAGCGCGUAAUGGCUUUUCCUUCCUUCUUUUUCUAGAGAUAUUUUCCACAUUUAUGCUUUAUUCAGAUAGCGAUCAGCUGGAAAGUGACAUGAAAGGCAGGGGGGGCGAGACAGGGAGAUGACACGGAGAUGACACACAGCAGUAAGAACAUAGCCUUGAGACAUGGUACGCACGCUACCAUGGAUGAUGAAUUUUUUGCAAGCAUGUGAGUCGUAUUAAGCAAAGACAUUAUUUAUCAUUCAAAGAAUUCAAAGACUUUUUAUGUCCUCAGCAAAUGUAUUACCUGUUUGCUAAUAUCUACAUAGGCACACAGCUAUUUGCCAUCUUCUUAAUGUUUAAAUUCAAAUAAAUCUAAAUUGUACAUAUAUUUGAUGUACAGAGGGUGCUACAAGAUGGUGUAUAUUAACUAGUCAAAUGCUAAGUAUCAGACUCAGACCUCUACUAGUAACAGCCACUUGUGCUACCUUAUUAAAGAAUUCAGUGGCAGAGUUUAAGUUCCUUUAUUUUUCAAGGAACUGUUAAUCACUACAAUGUCUUAGCUGUGUCCCUGUAAAUCAUUAAGAAAGCCAACUCCCUUGGUAAGCUUACUGCAAGACAGCAAUAUAGUAUACUAUAAGCUAGUAAUUGUAGAUUAACUCACACACAGAAUUUAACACAACAACUGACGUGGGGGUGUUGACGACUGUUCUAGUGCUUCCUUACACACAUCGUAACUGAUAUUAUUAUUUGCAAUCAGGUUGGAGCCAAAAUCAGAAAUUAUGAUCUCCAGUAUUGUGGCUGGCACUGAAGCACAAACUCUGUGCACUUACGUGGAUAAUAGGUAACACUAUAAUAAAUAUGUUGAGCACAAAAUAAAAGUUAAGUUUCAAAUGAAAUAAAUAUGAAUGAUAAAAAUUGAAUUAUAAAUAGUAAUAUAAUUUAUGUGCAAAAAAGAACAUUAUUCUGUGCUCAUUUCCCCAUUACGUGCUCAGGAUUGGUGCUGAAAUAUAACUCCAUAGUUCACUACUGCGUAGUGUGUUUGUGAAAGUGAAAAUGGUUCUGUAAACAGGCUGUUUCCGUCAUAUGGGUUUGGUGGACCAAACCGUUUUUGGGUAAAUGCCACGUGUGAAUAUGUGAAGAGUCGUGGUGCAUCUGGACAAUUUGCCCCUUUGUUAACAGACAUUCAUAUACAGUGGAUAAUUAUGUAGCAUUAACAUCCUGUAGAAUACCAUUGUAAUGUUAAAUCCAUUGACCAAAGCACUUAAUAGUGAGCAAAACUACAUCCCUGUUAAGUCCGGUAAUUGCAUUUGGGCAAAGGUAGGGGAAAUUAUGUACACCUGCUGAUGUGCUAAUCAAAACAUAAUCUGAAGUACUGUAUGUUAUAUUCUGUUACUCAAAGAAGUAUAAGCUUUUUGUAUUCUAUAUAUAUUUUUUCUAUAAACAUGCCACAAGAUGAAAGCUUGAAGAAAGUGCAAUCCAACAGUAUUUCUUAUUGUUGCAAUGUAUGACGACGAUGAUGAUGGUGGUGAAGGUAAUGUUGUUGUUAUGAGAGGUUGACAUUUGCCACAAAAAUGCACUCUCUUUGGUGGUGUCGGUAUGAUGUGGCCUCCGAUGUUUGUGUGAACUGCCAGAGGUCCGGAAGUAUCCUGCCUCCAUUACUUGAAGUGUGGCAUUGCUCGAGCUAUGAAUGUUUUUCAUGACAUGCCACCUACAUAGCUUAAGAGGAAAGGAAUCCAUGUUGAACUUGGCACAUUUUUCAAGUUUGAGGACAAUAGAUACUCUGUACAGAGAACCUGUAAAAUGUAUUUCUGAGGUUUGUUUAUGGAAGGAGGGUGAUUAAGCCUCUUAUAAAAAUAUAACUCCACUGGGGGAUUGAGGAAACUCCUCGGACGAAGCUAAGCAAUGUGAGAUCCUGACCUUUUUUCUUGCUGAAAGACAAUAAACUGAUGAGGGUUUUGUCAA